CGGUCCAAGAUUUAGAUACCGGAAGUAAGUUUACCCAGAAUGCAAUGAAUGCCACGUCGAGGCCAUCUUGUUUAUAACGUCAACCGGCUUCUAAAUUUAUUUGAGAAACCGAGUCAAUGGGUGCAGCCUUUAGUACAGAGAUUCCAGGUGGAGGGACAGAGGGCUACCAUGUUCUAAGGGUACAACCAGGAUCCCCUGGACAUAAAGCAGGGUUAGAGGCUUUCUUUGACUUCAUUGUUGCUAUUGGAAAUACAAGACUGAAUCAAGAUGACGAUACAUUGAAAAGUUUAUUGAGAGCAAAUAUUGAGAAAGAAGUUAAAAUGGUUGUGUACAGCAGUAAAACCCAGUCAGUUAGAGAAGCCACAAUUAUACCUAGUCAUAACUGGGGUGGUGAAGGACUUCUUGGUGUUAGUAUCAGAUUCUGUUCAUUUGAAGGAGCCAAUGAGAAUGUGUGGCAUGUGUUGGAAGUUAAUCCAAAUUCACCAGCCGAUUUGGCAGGACUCAAAUCACAUACAGAUUAUAUCAUUGGAGCAGAUUCAGUAUUACAUGAGACAGAGGAUUUAUUCACCCUGAUAGAAAACCAUGAAGGGAAGCCAUUGAGAUUAUAUGUGUACAACACAGACAGUGAUGCAUGUAGGGAAGUUACAAUUACACCUAAUGGAGCUUGGGGAGGCGAGGGAAGCCUUGGUUGUGGGAUCGGAUAUGGAUAUUUACACAGAAUACCUAAACGACAGUUUCCAAGUUCAAAUCCUCUAAAAUCUUUAAAUGAAGCAGUAAUAGUACCUAAUCCACAGAAAACACCAGAUGGUUUUGCUGAGGUAAAUUUAUCAAGUUCACCUUUGCAAGGUACAGAUCUAACAGCUGGGAUAACAAAUAUAUCAUUAAAUACAGGAACACCAACAAUACCUGUGUUACCAACAUCUGUAGGAACAGCCGGUCAAAAUCAAAUGGGCGGGGUUCCCUUACAACCUUUCCCCAACUUUACAGCAAGUGGUGCAGCCAUUCCAUCAAAUUUUCCACUACCAACCAUGCCUAAUUUAGGGAAUAUGUCGAUGCCACCAUUAACAACACCUAUCUCUAUAGCGGGGAUGCCGCCAGGGCAGUUACCUCCCCUUUCAUCGUUUUCAAGUACAUUACCAGGAGGAACAGCCAGUGGUGUAACAUUACCGGCGGGUUUCCCCAUGCCAGCCCCAGCACCGUUACCUAACAUGCCUACAAACUUUACUCUACCAACAACAUCUCAAGGUUACUCUACGUUACCCAACGAUGCAGGAUCUGCUGGUGGCAAUACGUUAGGAAGUGAUGUGGCACAGUCCACGGUGGCAGCUACUGGACAAAAUGUUCCUGUGGCUGAAGCAGCAGCUACAUCAUAGUGCUAAUUUGUGUCAAUUUAUAUUUAUAUGUGCAUCGUGCUUCAAAUUUAUAUUCAUGUACAAUAGGAAGGAAAGAAGAAAGAAAGAAAACUGAUUUUUUUCAGGAUUUCGGCUAAAUUUGGGACCACAGAAGAAAAAAAAUUGAUAUUUUUUGCAUAAUAUAUUUCAUUUUGAACGGUCAUUUCACUAAAAUUAUGGAUUUAUUUUGUUAUAACUGAGAAGCAAGAUAUUAGAAAUUUGUAACCAUUGUUUACUAUUAUGUGAAAUAUUGUGUAUGUUCACAUAUUAUGUGAGCUUAUGGCAGAUGUGUUUCACAUCUUACAAAAGACAUAAGGAAAUAAAAACCAAAACUGUGUUUUAAAUAUUACUAAAUUAUUCUGCAGAUGCGACAGACAUUAUUUUACAUAAAAAUGUACUUCUUCCAUAAAAAAAACCAACUUGAAAAUAUGUGAAAUGCUAUAUUUGAUCUCUAGAAAAGACUUGAGUGAUUGUAUAUUGGUGUGUUUGGUUAGUAUGUAUAUGAAGGUGUGUUUGACAUUAUGACAUGUAAUAAAAACAUCUAUUUAACUA